UUUCAAAUCUUUUCCAUUACAUUUCUAUGUCAGUUUAUUGUGGCAAUCAAUGAUAGCUCAAUUUAGACAUCCUUUACAAAAGUCCCACCAUGGAAAAAAAAGAAGAAAAAAAGAAUCCUCUUUUACCAAAAAUGGCCGAAAGAAGAUAGGAAAGAAAAAAAAAAAAAGGAAAGAAAAAAGUCGAGCAGUGGAAGGACAAAACCGAAAAAAAAAAAAAAAAACCAAAAAAAGGACGAGAUAAGAUGCCAAGAAUCUCACAACCACCUUUCCUCUCAAAAAGGCCGCGUAAGCUCAGCUGGGAUGUGCAUAAAUCGCGGGAAAACAAGCAAUCUUGGUUCGUGUUUAGUGGAGAGGAUGGCUGGCAUUGGCUGCGGGGAUGUGGUGCCUGUCUAGUGUCGGCCAAGCCACUAAACCUAGGAAGUGUGGGGCUCUACCCCACCUGCACACCCUCACCUCACCUCACCUCACCUCACCCCCCCAAAAAAAGAAAAGAAAAUUCCACUAGGGUCAGGCCAGCGAGAGGCAAGGCCACUACUUCUUUGUUUGGUGAGGUUUGUCGUAAGGCAAGCCCGGAGCUUAACCAACAUCUUAAUAGGGACUGCGCCGGCGGACGGAAAGCUUUUUAGAUAGAUAAUUCAAUAGUGGGAAUGAGAGAGGAAUGGUCAUUUCAAUACGUUUUUCUACGAUAUGAUAGUUAGUAUCAUCCCACAGUAACUUUGUAUAUACAAAUAACAAUGUACUGUACGGAAGAACACUCCUUACAAUCAUUUCCAUUGUGAUUAGUUACCAGAAUUUUUACGUCAUCUUUAUUUGUGGAGUCGUUUGCCUAUUGUGGACAAGGUUAAAAAAAG